AUGUUCUGUUCCAGAACACCUAUAAUCGUAAGCUCUGAUUUACGUUUCGAGACUAGACCAACAGUACCAAGUCUGAAAGACAGAGAGAGAGAGAAUUCCAGAGAAAGGUGGAGAGGGCGGGUCGCUUACAUCACCGGAGGAGCAAACGGGAUCGGGAAGGCUAUCGCGCAGAAAAUUCAUUGUCAGGGUGCCAAGGUGGUUCUGGCCGAUAUAUCCUGCAACGGGGCUAAAGUCGCCGAGGGCCUCGGCGAAAAAGCUUUGUUCACGUGUACCGACGUGAGGCUGGAGAAGGACGUGGUAGAGAGCAUGAAAUGCGUGAAAGAGAAAUUCGGCGGCGUGAACGUGCUGAUCAACUCGGCGGGCGUCGUUGGUUACGAGCCGAUCUACGACUUCAAGAAGAAGAAACCGCACUCGGUGGAUUUGUACAAAUGCCUGUACGACACGAACGUGUGGGGCCUGUUCAACGUGACUCGCCUGAUGGUCGGUCUGAUGGCCGAGAACAAGCCAGACGCGAACAGACAGAGAGGAGUCAUUAUAAAUCUCUCGAGCAUGAUAGCGUGCGAAUCGCCGCCGGGUUUGAUCGCCUACGGCAGCACCAAGUCCGCCGUUUCCGGCAUGACGAUCCCUCUGGCUAGAGGACUCGCGUGCAAGGGGAUACGCGUCAUCGGUAUUUGCCCUGGUUUCAUCGACAGCCCGAUGACAGCUCCGCAGAAACCGGAGGAAAGGAAGAAGUGGAUCAACAUGAAACUGACGCCGAAACGUUACGGCACCUGCGAGGAAGUGGCACACUUGGUCCAAGCGUGCAUCGAGAAUCCACUGAUAAACGGCGAGAAUAUACGUAUAGACAUGGGCUUCAGAUACAAUCAAGAGGGAGACGCGGCAGAACAACCAUAAC